AUGAAGAGAAGAUUAUUAAAAGUAGUGGAGCAUGAUCCCGAUACUAACAAGGAUGAGUUGGAAUAUCGUAAAAUCUUGAUGGAAUUCCAAAAAAAGAGCAAGGAAUGUGAGAAUGAUUCUGCUGGGGAUAUGUUGAGCAAAUUUGGAUUGGAUGAAAAUUACAAGAUUAUCAGUCCAAAAUAUGGUGUGGUUUAUACAAAAAUUAAAUAUGGAUUGUUUAUAAUUGUUGGCUUUGCAUUGAGUUUGAUUUAUCAAUCAAACAUGAAAUAUUUCAAUCCAAUAUUGAAGAAAACUGGCGUUUAUGCUGGUGAGGAGGACGUUCCAGUGAUAAUACACUUUUUAUCCUUGUCAUUGACAUUAUUUUUUGGAUUUCAUGCUUUAUUGUGCUCUCCACUUUUGGGAUCAAAACAUAGAAAUAAGAAUGAUUACCAGAACAAGUAUUUUUUGGGUUUCAAGAUUCCAUUAUUUGUUAUUUGCUUGAUAGCUCCAUAUUUCAUUGUACCAGAGUUUGUGAUUAAUGUUCAUGUUUACAUUUCAAAAUAUGUCAUGUUCUUCUACUUGUUUUUGAGUACAAUAUUUAUCAUUGAUUUUGCUUACCGUUGGAGUAGAGCUUGGCAUGAUGAAGAUGAUUGGAGAUGGGAUACUUGUUUGAUUUCUAUUUCGUGUGUAUUUAUUAUUUUGUCACUUGCCAUCUAUGGUGUCUCUUUCUUUAAUAGUGGAUUUAAGAAUUCUGGAUGUCUCCUCAAUUUUUAUGUUACUGCCUUUACAUGCUUAUUGUCACUAAUUUUACUAAUUUCAUCCCUUUUCACAGAGCAUGCCUCCUUAUUUAGUGGAAGUAUGAUUACAUUCUAUAUUGCAAUCACUUCUCUCAAUGUAUUAAUGAGCAAACCAAUGCCAGAAAAACAAUGCUCAUUCUCCAAUACUUAUCCUGUAACUAUUGCUGCCAUGGUAUUUGCUCUCUUCUCAAUCAUGUAUAGUGCCAUUUAUUCCACUACUGGUCUCCAAUUCCUGGCCCACUUUUUAUGGUACGGUGAAGAGCCAGAGGAAGAUGAGGAACAUGACUUUGUUAAGGAUGAUAAGGCUCUCAAUAAUAGUUACUUCUUCUAUCAUUCCUUCUUGACAGUUUGCAGUUUUUACUUGACAAACUUUUUCCAACAAUAUCAAGGAUGGAAUGAGCUUGGAAUUCAGGCAUUCCUCUUACUUUUCACAAUGGCUCUUUAUGGAUGGUCCUUAUUGGCCCCAUACGUAUUGUAUUGGAGAAGAUUUGACUAA